GCAAUGUGUUGGGAAAGAUUCUGCCCGGAGUGAGAGCAAAUCAUGUUCCGCCUCCCAGGGAGAUCCCUCCUCCUGCGGGGAACCCGCCCCCCCUGUGUCCCCCCAUCCAGGGGCAGGAAGUCUCGCACUGACCCCCCUGCUAAAUCCAAGGUCUCGCGUAUUAAAUACCCCCCGCCAGUGUGUGUGCGGGAACUGCUGAACGUGGGAAUGCGGUACCGCGAGUACUCGGCCAUACUGACUGCUAUCAGGGCGGAGUGCAAGGAAGGAGUGCUCCAAUCACAGUAUGAGGAACAGGUGGGCUCCCUGGCUGAGCAGCGCCACCGACUGGAGAGUGAGGAGCACAAGGCGCUGAUGGUUUGGAAUGAUGAACAGAACAGGGCGGCGCUGAGAAAGAGGGAGCAGCGCCAGAGGCUGGAGCAGGAGGUUCUGCAGCGCCAGCGGUACCUUUCCGUGGAACAGAACAUGAUGGCGGAGCAGCAGUUAAUUAGGGAAAAAGAGCGGGAAAUUGAAAUGUUGCAGGAAAUGUCCAAAUCCUUCAUCACGGCAGAAAAUCUGUUGGAAAGGAUAGAGGCGGCGCUGGACAAUCCAAUCUCCUACAACUUCUGCUUGGACAAGGAAGGGCGGGUAGUGAGAGAGGCUGGGGCACGGGGCUAACACUCUUCUUCUGGGGGGGUCCGUAUUCACUUCCACUGACUCAAUAAAUAGACUUUUUAUUGCCU